CCUGUUUGACUGCAUCACAAGUGCGUGCCCAAUUCCAUUACUGGAGCUGUCACAUAGAUGGCGCUGCGUUUGCUUUCGGCAGCAUCCGGUGAAAAUGCUGUGGUCUUCAGCGACGAGGAGUUCCAAGCUCUGGUGGAAGAACGGGGCAACACCAUCAAAGCACUGAAGCUGGAACUUGUGUCUCGGGAUCUUGGAUCAAGGUUUCGACUGCGGCUCUUGCAAGCAGAAGAACAUCUGGAGCUUGGUGACGAUGUGGCGAUUGUCCCGCCACUGGUGCUGAAGAUGGUCAGGCUGGCAUUCCUACCAGCAGACGAAGAACGAGAUGAUGAAUUUAUUGACGCUUGUCAGGAAGGACGCCUGGAAGAAGUUGAAAGGAGGCUGCAUCAGCCUCAGGACCCCAACACAGCUAAUACAGACGGCUAUACAGGGUUGCAUGGGGCAGCUGCAGCUGGCCACGUGGAUGUGGUGGGCAUAUUGCUGGAGGCUGGGGCCUCUUGUGAUAGAGCCACAUCUUAUGAAGGUUAUCAUAAAGGCAUAACUCCUCUGCACUGUGCUGCCGCUCAUGACCACUUGCAAGUGGUACGCUUGUUGCUGCAGGCUGCGGCCUCUUCCAACACAGCAGAUGCAGAGGGCAUACCAGCUUUAUAUUUGGCAGCUAAAAUUGGCGACCUGGAACUGGUGCGAUUGUUGCUGGAGGCUGGGGCCUCUUGCAAUCAAGCCUGCUCGCACGGUGGAACUGCUUUGCAUGAGGCGGCUGUGAAUCGUCACCUGGAAAUGGUGCACUUGCUGCUGCAGGCUGGAGCGACAUGUGAUCAUGCAUGGGUCGUGGACCCAGUCGCCGGCUGGACUUCUUUGCAUUGGGCGGCUCGAUGCGGUUACCUGGACGUCGUCCAAUUGUUAGUGGAGUUUGGCGCUACCCGCGAUGCUAGGACUCGGGACGGAGAAACUCCUGUGGAGCUUGCAGCUAAACACGGCUUUCAGGAUGUGGUGGAUUUUUUAAAUGUGGUGGAGCUUGCAGCUAAGCAUGCGCCAGCUAAGAGGCUCAAGAGAGAGCAUGUGUCGGAGUCCUGACUUGUGCCCAGAAAUUCGCUCCCAAAUCCGCAUAGAUCUCAUUGCGCC